UUAUCAUUGUGUAGAGGACUGCCCAGGAAACAACAUCUUGAAAAAAUGACGGAUCUGUAUGAUACAGUGGCCUGGGGAAAGUCUUCCAAGGACUCCAAGUUCAGUCAGCUAAAGAUUCAAAGAAAUCUUCCAGGAGCUGAUGAUGUGACAUUCGAUCUGAAGUAUUGUGGCAUCUGUCACACAGAUGUGCAUAUUGCGAAUAACGACUGGGGAACUACAACCUUCCCUGUAGUCCCUGGACAUGAGCUGGCUGGGGUGGUUUCUGCGAUUGGAACAAAUGUGACCAAGUUCAAGGUGGGCGAUCAGGUUGGGGUCGGUUGCAUCGUUGACAGCUGUUUGAAGUGUAGAAACUGUAAUGAUGGGGUUGAGCAUAUAUGUUCAGGAAAAAUGACCAUGACUUAUGAUUCAAAAAUUUCCCACGGACACAUCAAGACCAACUCAGGAAUCACCUAUGGAGGGUUUAGCACAUCACAGACAGUAAAUGAGCGCUUUCUGAUCAAGAUACCAGCAGAGUAUCCUCUAGAAUCUGCGGGUCCUCUUUUCUGCUCUGCAAUAACCAUGUACUCUCCUCUAUGCCACUGGAAGGCGGCUUCAGGAGGGUUGAAUGUUGGAGUCAUAGGGAUUGGCGGUCUUGGACAAAUGGGCAUAAUGCUGGCAAAGGCUAUGGGAAAUAAGGUAACGGCUAUCUCAACCAGCCCUGCCAAGCAGCAGGAUGCUAUGGAGAUUGGAGCAGAUAACUUUAUUGUUUCCACCGAUGAAGCCAGCAUGCUUUCGGGAGCUGAUACAUUAGACUUGAUUCUUAACACAGUGUCUGCUAACCACCAGAUUGAACACUACCUUCCUCUGCUGAGAAGAGACGGCUCUAUUGUCCAGUUGGGACUUGUUGGUAAAAAGCAUGAAAUUGCACAGAUUCCAUUGAUGCGAAAGAGAAUUCAGAUUUCAGGAUCAAUGAUUGGUGGCAUCCCGGAAACACAAGAUUGCAUGGACUUCUGUGCCAAGCACAAGAUCUUCUCCAAGAUAAAGCUUGUGAAAGCAUCUGAGCUUGAUCAUGUGUUUUCUAUCCUUGAACAGAAGAACGAUCAGGUUGUCAGAUAUGUUCUUGAUAUUGAAGCAAGCAAAUAAAUUUAUAAUUAUGUGAUAAAUAUUUAAAUUUAAACAUUCUGUUUGUUUAAGCAUAUCACAAAUAAAAUGAUAAAGAAAGUUAAAGGUG